GACAAGCCUUCUGAUUCACACAAAUUUCAUAUAUCCAACUCAAGAACACGAGAUGCGCCAAUGAGACCUAGCCAAUUUCUCGAGGAAAAGAAGUGGCCACCACUAGAUCAAAGAAAAGACAAAUGGUUACCUAUCACAAGCAAUUGCGACAGUAGUACCUCCUCGGCUCCAUUCAGUGUUUCUCAAUGUCAAUGGUAUUUCCGAGAGAGAGCAAAGAUUAUACGGUCUCAAUCAACUAACAAUGACUUCACACCAAUAUUGAAUUCACAAUCCGAAGCGUCAUUUCUACUUGAGCUAAAAGAAGAAAGAGGGUUCACGGAGGAGGAGAGGAAGCCUGAUUUGCAGCUUAAGUUGAGCCCAAAUAACGGUGUAGAUGAAGAGAAUCAUCAAAGGAGUGCUCCCGAAAUCAAUACUAUGCUCUCUCUUUCUUUGAAAGAGACAUGACCAACCUAGAGUAAGUUAUAAAAUAGCUUAUAUACACUUACGUAUGUAACAGUAGGCUGGACGGAGACGAGUACUUGAGAUCUGACCAUGCGCAUGGUAGACAUAGGAGCUAGUGAGAUCUUCUAAGUACUUGUCUUCAAUGCCAUUAAUUAUAAGGUUUCUGCUAUUACAUUUGACUAGGAAACUUUUCGGCCGUAGUUCAGUAGGGAUGUAAAAUGAACGAUGUUAUAUUGUAGCUACGACUUUUCGUAUGAAAGCUUUAUUUAUAAAUGCAGUAACCUCACUUGUUAAA